ACCAUCACUAUCGUCAUUCUGCUCGAAAUUGUCCCUCAAAUUUAGAGAUUUUUAUUUUAUUUAUUGGAUUGUUGUUAAUAUAGAAGCGUAAACGAAUUGCCACUGCCAAAAUAUAGAAUAUGACUGACCCGAGCAAAUUGUCCGUUGCUGUGGUCUGUUCAUCGAACAUGAAUCGCUCCAUGGAGGCGCACAAUUUCCUAGCGAAAAAGGGCUUCAACGUGCGCUCCUAUGGCACCGGUGAACGGGUCAAGUUGCCCGGCAUUGCCUUCGACAAGCCGAAUGUUUACGAAUUCGGCACCAGCUACGAGCACAUCUAUCGCGACUUGGAGUCCAAAGACAAGGAAUUUUACACACAGAACGGUUUGCUGCACAUGCUCGACCGUAAUCGGCGCAUUAAGAAAUGCCCCGAACGCUUUCAAGAGACCAAAGAACAAUUUGAUAUUAUCAUUACGGUGGAGGAGCGAGUCUACGAUCUGGUUGUGCUUCACAUGGAGUCUAUGGCUGCCGUGAACAAUCGGCCCGUCCACGUUCUCAACGUGGAUGUCGUGGACAACUCUGAGGAUGCAUUGAUGGGUGCAUUUCUAAUUACCGACAUGCUUAAUCUGAUGGCUAAAUCAAACGAUAUCGAUAACGACAUCGAUGAGAUGAUACAGGAGUUUGAGGAGCGACGAAAUCGGGUGAUCCUGCACUCGGUGCUCUUUUACUGACAGCCGAGGUUUGGUCACGGCACACUUCCAAACAAUCACCUGCGUUUUAUAACAACAACAACAACAAGAAAUCAUUGCAAUCAUCGACACAACAACAAAAGAUACAAAAAUAAGACGAUUGCGCUUAUCGAAAUGAUCGAGACUAUGAGAAUUGUAAAUAGGAAGAGCAACUCGAUUAAUGUCGUCAACAACAACAACAACAUACAUACAUGUUGAGCUUAAGACAGCACUAUACACUAAAGUCGAAUUUGCAAAAGCGAUACAAUAAAAUUGUAAUAUACUAUGUGUUUACUGCAUGUGCUAUAUAUAUAUAUGUAUAUAUACAUACAUACAUAUAUAUGUAUAUAGACGUGGCUUUACGACUCUUGUCCUACACAAAACAAUCGUCGUGCGUGCUAAAAGAAACAAAUGAAUUAAUGUAAUUUUAUCUUGUUCUCUUCGUUUAUUCCUAGUUUGACUGUAAAUAUAAUACAAAAGAACUACACACACAUAUUUGGGCAUGUCCAAUGGCUUAUAAUGGCACUACAACAAAUCCCACAUGAUCCGCAUUAUUUACCGAUAUCACCAACUAUGACCCCUUCCUUCUCAUAACAUUUUAAUAUCAUUUCGAUUUGAUGGCUAAACAUGCAUUGUGCAUUAGUGGCAGGGUUGCCGCAUUUGGUUUAUUAUUUUCCCUUCAAAUUAUCCAAUUUAUAUUUUCCGCUAAAAUAGUUAUUUCUUUAUUUUAUUUAUGUAUUUUAUUUUAACUAUUUUCCGUUACGAUUGAGGGUAACACUGAUUACGAGUACCGUGAGACUCCACUCACCUGUUGUUGUCUACUUGUCUGUUGAGUAUCUGGUGAAGCAACCCUGCUGAUAAGCGAUAAGCGCAGUCUUGGGCAUCAUCCAGCCGAGUGUUUGCCGUGUGUAUUUGUGUGUGUGUGCAUGUGUGUGAAUCACCAGCUUUCGAAAAAGACCUCUAAAAAUCCUCUGUUGGUGGUAAUCGUUGUUGUAGUAUUUCUCUGAUAGCGCCCCAUUGGCAUUGCAUGAUUUUGCAAUACACGCUCAUCUACGUGUGUGUGCUGAGAGAACUAGUCACGCACUAGCUACUUUGUAGAUAGCCAUGGACUAAUGCAAUAUAUUGCAACUUGCGGAACAUCAACAAUUAUUUGCUCGCUUUUGUAUAGCACAUGUUAUAUAGAGGGGCACCUGGGUCUUGACAUUGCUAGGCCUAUGUAAAUGUGUAAUCGCAAGCAUGACGUACCAUUUUCUCGUAUGUUUUUUAUAUAAAUUUUAAAUUAUAAUUUGUGGUAACACUGGCUACGCUCUCUUACGCGUGUGUGUGUGCGGGCGUCUCUAUGCACAUGAGAGAAACCGGCGAAUAUCAAAUGUUUGUGUGCUCUUUUCGACUGCUGCUAACAUUAUAGUUGUAACAGUGUUGUUGCUUUUGGUAGUUGUUGUUGGCAUUGCCCAUUGUCGCAGUCGCUGCCUCUGCCGCCGUCCAAGUCGCUGCUUCAUGUACGCUGCGCACAUUUACUCUAGCGCAUUCGCGCUGCGAUCGUGCUAAGCUCAAUAUCGUUAUAUUUUUGGAGCUCCCAAGACGCCAAAACAAACCAAGCGGGCAAACCUACAGAAAUAACUCAACUUACGCACACUGAUAAUUACUGCAGGCAGUCAGUCAGCACAGUACAAAACAAAAAAUAACAAAAUACAAAACUCAAAAA